GGUUAGAACCUUCACCACGAGCAAGUCAAAAUAUCAAUCAUGGGUAUCCGUUUUCCUUCCAUGAUUCUGAAUGCCAAACAGAGUCUCAAACAGCAGUCUCUCACGAGAAACCAGACUGGUGUUCCAAAAGGCCAUAUCGCAGUUUAUGUGGGAGAAAUCCAGAGGAAACGAUUUGUGGUUCCCAUAUCUUACUUGAAGCAUCCUUCAUUCCUGCAUUUGCUUUGCCGAGCUGAAGAAGAGUUUGGCUUCAACUAUCCAAUGGGAGGUUUAACAAUUCCAUGCAGUGAAGAUACCUUCAUUGAGCUCACUUCUCGAUUGAGUCACUCCUGAAACAAGAAGAACAAGAAGAACAAGAAGCAGUAGCCUCUACAAUUUUGAUACGAGCCUUCUCAAAAUUUCACAUUCUUUCCUCUUCCAUCAUUCUCCUCUCUCUCUCUCUCUCUCUCUCUCUCUCUCUCUUGUUUGGGAUUCCAUCCCAUGAUCGAAUGUGUAUAUUUACCCAUUUGUAAAUUGGUGAGCAGAGAAAAAAAUUCACUCCACCAAAACAGCAAUUAGAAAUGAAAUUGCUGGUCA